GUUUGCACAAUAAUUUCGAAAUUUGCAUGUAUUAAAGGACUGAUCAUGCAUGCACACUACGACCCUAUUCUUUCUCCUCCAUCAAAACGAUUCAAGACACAGCAACCAUGGGUGCGAACCACACCACCACCUCAUUUCUUUUCUUCGCUACACUACUUUACCUAACCACCACCACAGCCAUCGCCAACGACCCAUGCGCUUCAGAAGGCGACGACUCAGACAUCAGCGUCAUUCCCAUCUACGGCAAUUGCUCGCCGUUCAAGAACUACUCCACCUCGUGGGAGACCACCAUCAUCGACAUGGCCUCCAAGGACCCACUCAGGCUCCAGUACUUGUCCACCCUCGUCGCAACCAAACGCCGUAAACGGGCCUCCGUGGCCCCAAUCGCUUCGGGCCAGGCCUUCAACAUUGGCAACUACGUCGUCCGAGUCAAACUCGGCACGCCGGGUCAACUCUUUUUUAUGGUCCUCGAUACCAGCACCGACGAGGCUUGGGUCCCCUGCACCGGCUGCACCGGUUGCUCCUCCACCGCCACGUAUUCGCCGCAGGCCUCCACCACUUAUGGCGGCCCCGUUGCUUGCUAUGCUCCCCGUUGUGGACAGGUUCGCGGUGCCCUACCUUGCCCCUCCACGGGCUCCAACGCUUGCACCUUCAACCAAUCCUAUGCAGGCUCCACAUUCUCCGCGACGCUCGUGCAAGACUACCUCAAGUUGGCGACUGAUGCCCUCCCAAACUACGCUUUCGGCUGCGUCAAUUCCGUCUCAGGCGGGUCCAUCCCGGCCCAAGGCCUAUUGGGCCUGGGCCGCGGCCCCGUGUCACUCCUUUCACAAGCCUGGUCACGCUACUCCGGCGUGUUCUCCUACUGCCUCCCCAGCUUCAAGUCCUACUACUUUUCCGGGUCACUCAAACUCGGGCCCACGGGCCAGCCCAGAAGGAUCCGCACCACCCCGCUUCUCCGAAACCCGCGGCGGCCCUCUCUGUACUACGUCAACCUCACAGGAGUUACCGUGGGCCGGGUCCGGGUCCCGUUACAAAGCGAGUUUCUGGCAUUUGACCCGAACCGGGGAUCCGGAACCAUCAUAGACUCGGGUACCGUUAUAACCCGGUUCGUGGAACCGGUUUACAACGCCAUAAGGGACGAGUUUAGAAAGCAAGUGAAGGGUCCUUUUGUUAGCAUAGGAGCAUUCGACACGUGCUUUGUGAAAAGCUACGAGAAUUUGGCACCGUUGAUAAAGUUUCAGUUCACGGGUUUGGAUCUGACUCUGCCCUAUGAGAACAUUCUGAUACAUAGCUCCAACGGGUGGGUGGCGUGCUUGGCCAUGGCGGCAGCGCCAAACAACGUGAACUCGGUGCUCAAUGUCAUUGCCAACUACCAGCAACAGAACCUUAGGAUUUUGUUUGAUACCGUUAAUAAUAAGGUUGGCAUAGCCCGUGAGCUUUGUAACUAGCCCUAGCUCCAUGUGUUGUACGUGUUUAUUUUAAUUCUUGGUACGUUUGUUUGUUUGCAUGCAUGCAUGGUUGUUUCUUAAUUAGGUUGCUUUGUUUUUUGGAUCUUGUUCAAAUGGGUGUGGUGAAUAAGCCGUGUGGGCACUGGCUUGGUUUUGGAGUUUGGAACAUUUCUCAGAAUAACAUGUGUUGUGGUAGUGGUACUUCGUGUUUGUUUCUUGUUUCAA